UUUGGCCAAGCUAGUUAUAGUUCCAUAUUGAAAAUGUUUGAUUCGAAAAUCUUUUAUUUGACCGUCUUUGCACUGGUGUGCUCGACCCUGGCCAGAAGUCACCUCUUGGGCGCUCCCGCCGAGCUCAGUGGCGAUGAGCUGGAUAAGGCAGUUGAGAACUUGCACGCGACUCUGGCCAAGCUGGCAACUGGCGAUGGACCUAGCUAUACUGCCACCAAAGUACUGAAGGCAUCCAGGCAAGUUGUCUCUGGCAUUCUGGAGAAGUUCACCGUGGAGCUGAGCAACGAGACUGGAACCAAGCAGUGCGAUGUGCAGAUCUGGACGCAGGCGUGGCUGCAGGAGAACGGCACCAAUGUGAAAAUCCAGUGCGAAGGCGAUGAUACCAAUGUCGACAGCACCUGGUAAUCAUUUCUGUUCAGGCAUUGUAAAAACAUUCGAGUAAACCUAUAAACAGAUUUUGAAGCACCAAAACCGGUUUUCGUCUCAAUUU